UUUAUUAGAAAAAUUGGUACCCGCCUGCGAGAUUCGAACACCGGUGCAUCGCUCAACACAAAUGCACCGGACGUCUUAUCCUUUAGGCCACGACGACUUUUUAAAAGGCUGCAUGGUAACGCCGUCUGUGGGCUUACAAUACCACCACUAGUAUAUUCUGGUUGCCGAUCCCAAUAUGCUGGUAUUUAUGUGUAUUAUCUAUGGUAUAAUACUCAGAGAAGGUUACUAUCCGUUCUCCGCUGAAUCCCUUAACCACUUUCACGACAGUCACGGAAAGGAUUGAGGAGGUACGAUUAUUAGUCAGACAGAGCGGAAACUAAGGUUUUUUUUAUUUUUUAUUUGUUAAUUAAAAGGUGCUAUUUCUUCAUUCUAUUGGGUACUUAUUAAUACUAUAGUGCUCUGUACAUUUUUCUUACCUUUUGUAUCUCAAUUGUGUUACAUUUAGUAUUGUAAUCUGUAUAAUUUAAAAACUUUUUGAUCUUUUAAUUUUGUCUAGAAUAGUGUUUGAUGCGCAGGUCUCCGAUUUCGUAGGACGAGGGCUGUAUAUAAGGGGAUUUGUAGAGCUUCCGAAUUCAGUCGGAAAAAGCGCUCGACACAAGCCGUCACUGCCGAACAUUACGCUCAAAGCUGCAAGUUCGCCCAAACUUUUAUACGAGAAUGCAGAGAAUAGGCUGUAUCUUUAGUACAGCGCUGUGGUUGCUGUUGGCAAUGAGAGCUGGAGCCCAGGUUUACGACGAGGGCAUUCUGACCGACGUGGACUCUGUAAAUUUGUUGGACGAGAACUACAUUGAUACCGGUCACACGGCGUUUAAGGGCGAAGAUCCAGUAAAGGAACUACUCAUGUACAAGAUGCUUCAGACUUUGGCUACAAGUGGCACGGAUCGACCUGACGUGCGAACCAGGUCGAAUUGGAGUGUUCUGGACUUGAAGCUGAAUCCAACUAGUUCUGAAAGCGAAGAACGUGUUUCGAAGAGACGAGAGAAGAAUGAAAAAGGACGCAAAACCUACCCAGCGAGGCCUCAACCUAAAUGGAAAAUUAAAAAGGGAAAAGUUGUUGGCUCGCAGAUGGUGUGCUACUUUAAGCUGUGCGCGUUUCGUCCGCCCGUUUGAAGGAGGACAUUUUGGUAAACUUGAAAACAAAAUGGCCGUCGAUGUCGUUUAGCAAUGUACAUUAAUUAAAAUAUUUAAAGGUUGUUUUCUAAUUGUAUUAUUAAUAAAGAAUGAUCUGUGCCAAAUAAAUGAUGGGACAAAA